AUGGCGGAGAGCUGGCUACGCGUCUCGGGAGCAGGGGCAUCGGAGGAGGCCGGACCGGAAGGCGGCCUGGAGGAGUCCGACGCCUUGGAUGACAGCCUGACCAGCCUGCAGUGGCUGCAGGAAUUCUCUAUUCUCAACGCCAAGGCCCCCGCCCUGCCUUCGGGGGGCACCGACCCCCACGGCUACCACCAGGUGCCAGGCUCGGCCGCGCCGGGGUCUCCCCUGGCGGCCGACCCCGCCUGCCUGGGGCAGCCGCACACGCCCGGCAAGCCCACGUCGUCGUGCACGUCGCGGAGCGCCCCCUCGGGGCUGCAGGCCCCGCCUCCCGACGACGUGGACUACGCCACCAACCCGAACGUGAAGCCGCCCUACUCGUAUGCCACGCUCAUCUGCAUGGCCAUGCAGGCCAGCAAGGCCACUAAGAUCACCCUGUCGGCCAUCUACAAGUGGAUCACGGACAACUUCUGCUACUUCCGCCACGCUGACCCCACCUGGCAGAACUCCAUCCGCCACAACCUGUCCCUGAACAAGUGCUUCAUCAAGGUGCCUCGGGAGAAGGACGAGCCAGGCAAGGGGGGCUUCUGGCGCAUCGACCCCCAGUACGCCGAGCGGCUGCUGAGUGGGGCCUUCAAGAAGCGGCGGCUGCCCCCAGUCCAAAUCCACCCAGCCUUUGCCCGCCAGGCCGCGCCCGAGCCCAGCGCCGCCCUGUGGGCCGGGCCACUGACCGUGAACACCGAGGCCCAGCAGCUGCUGCGCGAGUUCGAGGAGGCCACUGGGGAGGUGGGCUGGGGUGCGGGCGAGGGCAGGCUGGGGCAUAAGCGUAAACAGCCGCUGCCCAAGCGGGUGGCCAAGGUCCCGCGGCCCUCCAGCACCCUGCUGCUGACCCAGGAGGAGCAGGGCGAGCUGGAACCCCUCAAGGGCAACUUUGACUGGGAGGCCAUCUUCGACGCCGGCACGCUGGGCGGGGAGCUGGGCACGCUGGAGGCCUUGGAGCUGAGCCCGCCGCUGAGCCCUGCCUUGCACGGGGACGUGGACCUCACCGUCCACGGCCACCACAUCGACUGCCCUGUUACCUGGGGGCCUCCGGUGGAGCAGCCUACCAACAGCCUGGACUUCGAUGAGACCUUCCUGGCCACAUCCUUCCUGCAGCACCCCUGGGACGAGAGCGGCAGUAGCUGCCUGCCCCCCGAGCCCCUCUUUGAGGCCGGGGAUGCCACCCUGGCCUCUGACCUGCAUGACUGGGCCAGCAUGGGCGCCUUCUUGUAA